AUGUUGUCAAGGUUAGGUGAUCUAAACAUUGCUGAAACUGUGGCUAAUGUGCUUACUUCACUUCCUUUUAUUGCCAUUGGACUCCAAGCCCCAAGGAAGAAUGUCAAUUGUAAAAUAUAUGCAAAUUCAUUGGUUGGAGUAGGACUUGCAUCGAGUUUGUAUCAUGCUUCGAGAGGGAGAUUGAGGAAGUAUCUCAGAUGGGCUGACUACACUAUGAUCGCAACAGCUACCGUGUGCCUAUCAAGAGCACUUAGGAACGAGAACCCGAAGUUGUUGAUGACAGCAUCAGCUUUGUUUCUGCCUAUACAACCCCUCAUGGUAUCAGCAGUCCACACAGGAAUUAUGGAGGUUGCAUUUGCUAAGAGAGCAUUUAAGGAUCCAGAAUUGAGGAUGUAUCAUAAUGUGCAUAAGAUGUCGUCGUUACUAGGCGGGGCGUUUUUCAUGGCUGAUGACUUGCUCCCCCAAACUCCAUUCCUGCAUGCUGCUUGGCACCUUGCUGCUGCUGUUGGAGUCACCACUUGCAACAAGCUCUUAGACUGAUAUAAUUAUAUAAACACAACCUUCAUUCAUUUUGCU